AAACGAGUUCUAGCGAGAUUUCUUUGGGGCCUCUAUGAAUCUGUGGCUACUGUGGCUUCGCUUAGACGGCUUGGGUGUUGCAAGAUGUUAGCGCUUUGACGCUGUCAAAUUAAUUAGCUACAAGCCUUGAGGGACAAAAGCUGCUUGAAUAAAAGCCUUGUCUAAGCGGUCAACCUCUCCUGUCGGCAUCUGAACCCACUGAGACCAUGCCAAAACGCAAGAAAACCGAGGAUGAUCGUGCUGACGACAGAAAACGUAGCAGAAUUCUUGAUUUGCCUGAAAUGUUACAGUCACUUUACAGUGCCUUGCAAAACUGCAAGGGCGAAGAUGGCCAUCUUCUCUGUGAAAACUUUAUUCGCACUCCAAAGAAGAGAAGCCAGGUGGAUUACUAUGAACUGGUGACCAACCCAAUGGAUAUGCUGCGAAUCAACCAGAAGAUCAAGGCUGAAGAAUACACAGACCUGGAACAGAUGACUAGUGACGUUGCUCUCCUGGUGUCCAAUGCAAAAACUUACUAUAAGGAAGACACCCAAGCGCACCGGGAUGCUUGCGAAUUGUGGCAGGGGUUUGAAUCUGCGAAAGCUGCCCUGCUGGCUGCCAAUGCCAGGGCUGAAGAGCAGGAAGACGAGGACAUGGAGAAAGAGCCGCAGACACCCACAGCAGGCCAGGCUGAGUCGUCGGAAGAAGACCACUACGAGGAGCUCUUUACUUCAGUGAUGACAGCCACGGAUGCCGAGGGUCGCUGCAUCAGCUCCAUGUUUCAACUGCUACCAUCUAGAUCGUUGUACCCGGAGUAUUACAAGAUAAUCACCGAGCCGGUGGAUUUGAAGAUAAUAGCGACACGCAUCCAGGAGGGCACUUACACCUCGUUGGCUGAACUGGAACGUGACCUGAUGCUUCUGGUCAAGAAUGCUAGAACUUUCAACGAGCCUGGCUCGCUAAUAUACAAGGAUGCCACUGCAAUGAAGAAAGUGAUCAGAAUGAAGAAGGCAGAGAUCGACCAGAGGAAAAAUGCACCUGGAAAGUGCAGCGAGAGAAUACGGUCACGCCGUCUGAUGAGCCACCAGAAACUGUCGGCCAUCACAGCAGCAUUGAAAUAUGAGGAUGCCGACCCACUCGUGGUAAAGCAAGAAGUAGUCCCUCCGGCCGCUGACGGGGAUGUUGCAACAGCAGCGACAACAGCAACACCAACAACACCAGUGGCAGCCAGUUCCGCCGCGGAAGAAAGCGACAAUGAGUCAAACUCCGAGGACCCCGUCAACAGCCCCAUGUGGCAACUACUGGAAGGCGUUCGUAACUACCAAUGCCAAGGCUAUUUUCUUGCUGAGCCAUUCGUCAAGCUGCCGUCCAAAAAGCUGUACCCAGAUUACUACAGAGAAAUCAAGCAGCCAAUAUCUCUCAACAAGAUUGCAGGGAAAAUAAAGUCUGAAGGCUACUCAAGCAUGGUGGAAGUGGUGGAUGACUUCAAUCUCCUUUUUGAGAAUGCCAAGAAGUACAAUCGUCCCGAUUCCAAAAUAUUCAAGGAUGCCACCAGGCUGCAGAAAGUCAUGCAGGCAAAAGCGAGGGAACUCAUCAACAUCCACAUGAAGGAAUCGGACAGUGAUGGUGGGGAUGCUGACAGUGACAAAGCUCGUCGCAAGUCAAAGAAGAUUUCGACCCCACCAAACACUACGCCCAUAAAAGGUCGUCCUCCUGGAUCGACAGAGUCCACACUAAAGAAGCGGCUUAAGGUUCUUGUGCGAACCCUGCUCAACUACACUGAUGAGGUUGGCCGUCCGCUAAUUUCCAUCUUCAUGGAGAAGCCCUCACGUAAGGACUACCCCGACUACUAUGAGGUCAUCACGAACCCCAUCGACAUGAAGACAAUUCAUGAGAACGUAAAGAACAACAAAUAUUCAUCUGAGGAAUCUAUGGUGACUGACUUGAAGCUGAUGUUCUCCAACUGUCGGCUGUAUAACGAAGAGGGUUCCCAGAUCUACCGCGAUGCUGACACUCUGGAACGCGCUCUCUUUGACAAAAUCCGUGAGCUGGGCUCCUUGUAUGAUGCGCUACCAGCUCGUGCCAUGCCACGACCAAGACGGAACAAGAGUCGCAACCACAAGCUUCGUGUUCUUUACGAUACCAUCAAGGAUUACACAGAUGCCAAGGGCCGCAAGCUGUCAAUCAUUUUUAUGAAGUUGCCCUCCCGGUCGGAGUAUCCUGAUUACUACGAGGUGAUCAAGAAGCCCAUUGACAUGGAGAGGAUAGCUGCUCGUCUACUUAAGUACAACCAGUAUGAGUCCAUGGAUGAUCUCCUGGCCGAUUUUGUGCUGCUCUUUGACAAUGCGUGCAAGUACAACGAGCCAGACUCGCAGAUCUACAAGGACGCGCUGAUCUUGCAGAGGAUAGCCCUGCAGACGAAGAUGGAGCUGAGCAGUGAGGAGCUGGAAGACGGUGGAGUGCCUGAUGUGCGGGGCCUCAUCCAAGAGCUGCUGACCAACUUGUUCAUCUCUGUCUACAACCACCAGGACGAAGAAGGGCGCUGCUACAGCGAUUCCUUGGUCGAACUGUCGGAGUCUGCUGCUGAAUCAGGGCAGCAGGUGGUCGGCGUUGACGGCUCCGAGGAUAGGAGGCCCCUGACACUGGAUAUCAUAAAGCGAAAAUUGGACAGGGGUUGCUACUUGCGUCUGGACCGCUUUCAAGAGGACGUUUUUGAUGUGUUUGACCGAGCGCGACGGAUAAGCCGCACUGACUCCCAAGCAUUCGAGGAUUCUGUUGAACUCCAGUCCUAUUUCAUUCGCCUGCGAGAUGAGUUGUGUGGCCAGGGAGACAUCUUGCAGAGUCCAGCGCUCAGCUACACCCAGCAGGAACUAACAGAAAGUGUAGACUUACUGCGUGCUCAGAAGUUGCCUCAGGAACAACAGGAGGCAGCCGCAGAGGCCGACGCCGAGAGAAAGAGCCAGGAGGUCCGAAAGGAGGAAGAGAAGUGCAAUGAGAUGUCCUCAUCAGACAGCAUGGAGCACAAAGGGAUAGUCAUUCACGUUGGUGACUUCGUCUACAUUGAGCCGAGUGAAAAGGGAAUGCAGCCUCACAUCACAAAUGUUGACCGCCUCUGGAGGGAUAAGAGCGGCGAGCAGUGGCUCUAUGGGUGCUGGUUUUAUCGACCAAACGAAACCUUCCAUUUGGCAUCGAGGAAAUUCUUACAAAAGGAAGUAUUCAAAAGUGACAAUUAUAACUCCAUUCCGGUGAACCAGGUUUUGGGCAAGUGCUACGUUAUGCCGGUGAAGGAUUACUUCAAAAGUAAACCAGAGGGUUUUGACGACAAGGAUGUGUACGUAUGUGAAUCCCGCUACUCUGCAAAGGCCAAGGCAUUCAAAAAAUAAAGGUUCAUAUGGAACUUUGUUCCAAAUGAGCACACAAAACUGGUACCCAGAGAAGAGGUCUUGUCGGCGGUACGGGUGCCAUCUGUGUUCAAGGACGCUGCCGAACGGUCUGCAGACAAUAACAGCAAUUCCAUGGGCUUCUCCCUUGAGGAGGAGUUUAAGGUCGUCGACCGACCUCGUCCGAAUGUCGCAGUGAGUGUUUCAAGUGAAGAGGAAAACAUGACAUAUUAUGAGCAGCUCAAUCUUCCUUCGGGGGUGUUUAAGUUAGGUGACUGCUGCUACGUUCGCACAGAGCACUCAAAAACACUUAUUGGCCGCAUCGACAAAAUGUGGAUGGACAGAGAGGGAAAUGGCUUUUUCCAUGGACCAUGGUUUGUGUUGCCGAGUGAGAUCCAACACCCGCCAUCGCGAGUAUUUUUCCGCCAGGAGGUGUUUCUCAGCUCCAUUGAAGACACCAAUCCUCUGCUCAGCAUCAUUGGCCGUUGCAGCGUGCUUGACUGCAAAGAUUACACCACCUGCCGGCUAACGGAAAUCACUGAAUCUGACGUGUACAUUUGCGAGUCUCGCUAUCUGGAGGCCGAGCGACAGAUUCGAAAGUUGCCCAAAGGCCUCAAGAAAUUUUCUCAUUCUGAGGCAGUAACUCCAGACGAGGUGUACUACUUCAAGAAUCCCAUCACCCCUCAGAAGUGUGAUCCUGGCAUUGCUGAUGGUGCUGACAUGCAACCAACGGGAGACGAGAUGUCCCCAAUGCCUUCUUCCCGGGUUAUGUCUGAGACAGACAACGAAGAAUCCAACGAUGUCCCCUGCUCUGCCUUGGCAAGGGAUGACAGCAACCUGUCAUCUGCCUCUGGCAAAAAGAAAAGUACCAAGCGUGUCGUCACGGGUUACUUGCUGUUUUCAAGUGAAAUACGCAAGUCAAUAGUGCAGUCCAACCCUGACCGCUCAUUUGGAGACAUCAGUCGCCUUGUGGGCAAUGAGUGGCGCAACCUGCAGGCACCACAGAAGGCCGACUACGAGGAGCGAGCGUCUCGCCUCAACCUCAGCCAGGAGGAGAAUACAAACGACAGCCUUCCCCAGAGCCCAGCCUCGUCAACAGCCCACACGGGGGGUGCAGGGGGAGGAGAGAGCAGCCGCGAUGCCACGCGUUCCCUGUCGUCCGCGGGGAGCAUGACGCCUGCACCCGGUGAUUUUGCCACCCUCUCGACCACAGUGUACGAAUGUCAAUGGGACGGUUGCGACGCCAGCUAUGACAACCAGCAGGACCUGGUGGACCACUUGGCCCAGGACCCCAAUGGACAGGUGUACCAGUCCUAUUUGGGGUUCAAGGGUAAGCACAAUAACGAGUUCCAGUGUCUCUGGGCAAACUGUCCACGCGUCAAGAAACAAGUCCCGCCGUUCCCAAACAUUCAGAAGCUGCUGCGACAUGUGAGGGAGGUUCACGUCAAGGUCGCCGGGCGCAUAGUCAUGCCCGAAGCGAAGAACAGGAAUAUGAUGCUCUCCAGGAAAAACCUCGGCUCGCCAGCCACGGCAGGCGUACCUUAUUCCACGCCACCACCGGUAGCGCCGCCUGCGCCCGUGGCAGCGGGCUCCCAUCAUGCCCUGUCCCCACACCACCAUUAUGGAUCCUCUCCCAUGCACCCGCUGAUGGCUCAGCAGGGCUACCAGCGGCCAUUUACUCCGCCUCACCACUACUACAUGCCACUGCAGCCACACCCCUCUCAGGCUCCUGGAUUGCCUCCACCGCCUCCAGAGCGGACCUUGGAACCAAUCUUUGUGGCCCCACCUCCUCAUCCGCACAAGCUUCUUCAUACCUAUGCGUACAUUAGGUACAUUGAAAACUUGCAGCCUGACAGCAAGCACGUGACCAACUGGGACGCCCAGCUCAAAGCGACAAAGGAAAAUACGCCCGUUUAUGAUGCUAGCCGCCUGCCCACUCACUGGCUGGGUAAUGGUGUUGGCAGCCAUGGCAACGCUGUUAAUGCUCUCUGGGCCCUGCGUGACUUCAUGCUUCGGGACGCUCUUGGUAUAGCUCGCAUCUCCUAGAACUGCCCGUAGCGUUCAGUAUUUGACUGUGUGAACACAUUCACUUCUGCACUUGUGUAAUGACUUUUGUGCUGUAUGCUGAGUGAGGCAGCACAACUCGCAGUCCAUAGCCGCCUUCAUUUUGUAAUUCCAAGUCACCUCCCUCCUCCCUUUUCUUUUCUUUUUUUAAUGGCUUGCAUUGGUUUCGCAGCAUAGUUGUUUUCUUCAUACGGAAGAAAAGCUUGUAGCAAUUCCGGUUUUAUAGAUUGGGCAUUUGCCAUUGGGUAGGUGGAAAUUCAUGUCUGUCGUUAGGCUGGUCCUUUUAAUGCCACUUAUUUAAGCCAUUUUCUGUCACUCUGAGGGUGCUAAAACUCUGUUUAUGAGAACACUUUGUGGACUUUCUUAGUUGUGGUUAUGUCCUCCUUUUUUUAAUGCUGCGAAUGUUUGUACAUUGGUGCAUUUUUAGACUGCGAGCUCAUAUCAGCGCCCUUAUAUUGAUUUCAAUCUUCUUUGGACUCGUUGCAUCGAGUUGCUUACUUUUAGCUAUUUCUUCAGCACUGUCUUCAUAUAGUGCUUGAUUUUAAGUGUAAGUUUUUUUGGUUAAUAGCUGGCAAUUACAAGCAUGUCUACCUCUGUGUUGCGUUAUUUUCAGAAUCCUGCAUUUUUGUUGGUAUAAUGAUAUGAGUGUCUUUGAUAGUACUCUAUGUCCCAUGACCUUUGACUCAAAGCAACUUCAUGUGCAGUCAGACACAUCUUUUUUGGUUGCCUCAUCCUUUUUUUUUUCUUGAGUGCAAUAUGCCUUCUUUCUUGUGCAAAGACUCCAAACAUAUAUUUUUAAUGCAACAUAUUCUGACUUGUAAAAGUCCUAAGUUGCACAGACACUUCAGCAAGAAGUUGUAAUACUAGCUUUUCUUUUAAUGGACCUUUUUGUUGUUGUUGCAGAAUAACUAUUCUUUAUUUAUUUGCCUGAUUUAGUUUACAAGUUACGUUCAUUCUGAUGUGUGGGCUAGGAUGCUUCCGUUGUUCAAGAUAAAAAGAUUAAUGCAGAAGUUUUAUUUUAGGGCUGCCAAGUUUAAAAUGCCAAGUGUUGCAUGCAUUUAACGGAUAUGUGAAGUCACUGAACUUUGUCAGCGCAAUGUUUUUAAAAGUGUGUGCCAUUCAUUGUGUCAGGCUGCCCACUGCUGUGUGUCGAAAUCGGUAUUUGCAGCUUUGUGUGUGUGCGUGUUUGUAUGUGUCAUUGAAAACAUGCGUCUCAUAACUCAUCAUCAUUUCAGAAUCUUUGCUUACUUGUGUGAUUGAAUUAAUUUGUCUGCAAAAACAGGCAUAAAGUCUGCUGUGUAUACUGCUGUAUGAAAACUAUUCUUGCUUUUUUGGGAUAAAUUGGAUUUUUAAUAAAUGUGAU